AUGAGCCAGCAGAAGGGCAUCCGCGUCUCUGUGAAGAAGACGUUUUUGCACUUCAGCUUUGUGGAUGCGCCUGCACCGUGCAAAAGGACUUUCUCCUGCCCUGCUCAGCUUGAAGAUGUCCAGGCCUUUGAGAAGUCCGGCGACACCAUGGGAAGCUUGGGGAGCUCUGAGAUGUCAGAUGAUUCCAGCCAGCUGCGACGUCAGGACUGUGGUCGCUCGUCGGCCUCGCAGCCUUCCCAGGAAGCGAGCGAAAGUCCCGUUGGUUCCAACGUUGGGCCGUCCAACUCGAGAGGUAAGACCAAGACGGAAGGCGACCUGCCGGUCUGCUGUGUGGUUUACCAGGGCGUCAAGAGCGAGGGUGAUUUGCCCUCGCUUGGCUACACGGCUUGCAAGUCCCCGACGCGCUCACAGCCCUCGCCCUUGGGGAUCCAGAAGCAAAUCAACAAAGAGAUCUUGACCAUGGCCGAGCAGGGCAACCGGGAGCUUUUGGAGGCGGUGGGGCGGCACCUGCAGCAGAUGAGCGGUGUGAACCUGGCCACGGCCUUUCAUCGCCUCGCCCGUGCCAAGGACUCCAAGGGCUCCAAGGAGAUCUUUGAUCGCACUCUCCAGGCCAUGAUGGACCGCGCGGAGCUUCUGGCCGGGCAGGACAUGAUGUACCAGGACGGCUCUAUGCCGCCCAAUUGCUGCACGUUGAUCGCUUGGUCCUGCGCCACCCUCGGGACCUUCCGGAACUCGCUCUUCUCCAUGCUGACCACAAACACGCUGAGGAGCCUGCCGCAUUGUCAAAUCUACGAGUUGACCAACUUGUUGUGGUCGUACGCUCAGCUGAAGAAGCUGAGCAAGGUUGGGCAGCUGUUGCCCAACUUGCGGAAUUUGACGGAUGCCGUGAUGAAGCUCUUCUUGGAUGCUGGAGUGAAGAACGUGAAAGUGCAAGUCCUGAUUUCCGCCCUGGUCUCUGUGGCGUCGCUGCCCGGCGGCGCCUCGGCGUCCUGGCUUUUCGCGGAGAUCAGUGAGGAGCUCGCCCAGAGGUGGGAUGAGCUGCCUAUCCGGAAGCGGUCUCAGGUCGUCCUGGCGUUUCAGCUGAUGCGGAACCAGAACCGAGACCUGGUCCAGAAGACCGUGAAGUCCGUGGCGCGCCGGUGCCCGGACAUGUCCUCAGUGGCGAUGGAACUGCUGGGCCCAGUGCCAGAGAUCGUCCUGUGGUAUUUGCUGACGAUGGUCUUCGAUGCGGUUCUGCGCCAGCAGCCGUACAAACUCUCCGCCACGGGGCAAGAGCUCGGAUCGUCCAUGCUCUUCAGCUCUCGAAUAGGAUUUUCUGGGACACCGUCCUCCUUGCUGCCGGAGGAGCUGGGCGAAUGCCUCUUCGAGGCUGAAAACGAAGGUGAGAUCCUCUCGGUUCUGAGCGACGAACAGCACGUGGUGCCGCCCUUGAUCGAGAUGCCAGCGGACUGGUCGCCCGAAAGCAUCCUGAUCACGGUGGCCAAGAGCAAAGACCCGGUGUAUCAUUGUCUCAUUGAUACUGGCGCGCUGGUGAUGGGUUUCACCAACGAAGAGGUGGCCAAGCUCUUGCUCAAGAUGCUAUCAGAAGAGCUCUUCGAUGGUGUGGCCUACUUCGACGACCACGACGCUCCAAUGGUUUUCCUUCGCGGCGCUGUCAAACCAGCGCUGCUCAGCGAGGCGGGGGUGCCCAUGGAGCGGCGCUUCACCUUCUUCGACCAGGUGCAUACCACUGGAACUGACACCAAGCAGCCGCUGCAAUGCUUCGCAGCUCUCACGCUUUCUGCUUCAAUGACCUUCCGUGACUAUGCGCAGGGCGCUUGGCGCAUGCGCGGCUUGGGCAAGGGCCAGAAGCUUCGGAUGAUGAUCACCCCGGAGCUGGCGAAGAAAGUCGCGGGCGCCGUGGGAGCCGAGGGCAGCUUGGGGCUGCACGACGCGGUGGCCUUUAUGCUUUCCAACCAGUUUGACUCAGAAGGCAAGCAGUUCGCGGCACUGCAGCUGCAGAACCUGGCCACGGUCUGGCGGCGAACCUGCCUGCAGAAGCUGAUGGCUGCAGAGGAGCCCCAGCAACGGGAGCAGAUGCGCGCGGAGGUGGAGUCUUUCCUGGAGUCCUUGCGCUUUCCGGUGGAGACCAAGGUGCAGGAGCCUUUGAAGCUGCACGAGAAGAUGGCGAAGAUGGCGGAGGAGCAGGUGGCGGUCAUGGACGACGAGGGCAAGGCCCACUGCGACGAGCUGGUGGACAGAGCCCAAAGCGGCGGUGGAUCCGAGGGCGGCGAGCUCGGGGCGGAGAUCACACGGCAGCAGGAGAAAGAGCAGGAGAAACAGCAGGAGAAGGAGAAGGAGGUGGAAGUUCAUGUGGGCCGUGAGCGCGAGCGCGAGGUGGAGUGGCCCAUCAAGGUGCUCCUGGAGUCUGAGCUGCCAGAAGCGGUGCUGCUGCCAUUUGGGCAAAUGUGA